GCUUUUGACGGUGUAAUUGAUGGAAUAGUCCGCCAUUGUCGUUUGUUUUAGGACGGUGCAAAUCAGCCAUCACUCAACCUGUGGAGCCAAUUAAAUGGCUGAAAAGAUAGAAGAGCGGUUUGUUGCCUAUGCGGGCUAUGUACCUGUCCACGGCGAUGAGUUGCAAUUGACAGCCGGAGAUAGAGUAAUACUCCUUCACGCCUAUGACGACGGUUGGAUUUUGGCCAAGAAUGAACAAACUGGUGCGGUGGGCCUUGCCCCGCGCAACUUUCUUCAAAAUGUUCACGCUGUAGCUCCCGUGGAGGGAAAGGGAGCGGCAAAGACAUCAGCUCCCUCCAGAGUAGCCUCGCUUGUCGUUGGAGAACGCAGGUCGUCCCACCUUGGCACAAAGCGAGCUCUGGCUGCAAAACCACCAGGCUUGCAGGAAGUAAAGAAAAAGAUGAAUGAUCUAGAGACAGGUCGAAGGAGUAGGGCGCGAGGAGCAGCCGAUAUUGGAAAUGUGAAAUUAUCGAUUGUGGGUGACUCUGGCAUUGGAAAGACGACUCUUAUUCAUGAACUCUUGAGCAUUCCUGAAAUUACCGCAGCUGACCCGAUACCACCAAACAACGAACCAUUUUCAUCCGACCCGAGCCCCUUAGUCCUGCGAGAGUAUCGGGCAUCCACGGUCCCUACAAAUUCGUUACUUGUUGCAGAAGAGAAAUACAAUCUCAGGAUCAUCGACAGUCCUGGGUAUGGCUGUACAGUGGAUGCCCUAUCAAUCAUUCGUCCAGUUGUCGCGUACCAUCUGGCCCAAUUUCAAAAGACAAAUCAAGCCUUUACACGAGAGGCCACGCCAACUCAACUCGUGCGAUUUCUUGCGGCCUCGACGGGUGCGCAUACCCAUGUUGAUGUGUCGGUUUAUUGCAUGCUCCAUCGAAUUACUGGUGUGGAUGUCGAAUACAUGAGAAGAUUGGCGAAAGUAUCGAGUGUGGUACCUGUACUUGUGCGAUCAGACACUAUGACGUUCGACGAAGCUUUUGCCGCAAAGAAGGAAAUAAUAGAGGUGUUGGCCAAGGCAGGCAUAGAAACGUUUGGAUUUGGAUUGAGCAAGGAGGAGUUGAUGAUUCUGGUUGACGCAAAAACAGUGGGUGUGCCUCCAUUUGCCAUUUCUGCACGUGCAUACAAGCGAGCAGCAGUGCGCAAAGCGCAAUCGAAGGCGGUUGGAGAAGGGGAAGAAAGAAAUCUGCUCAACGAGUUUGGGCAAUUCAAAGAAGCACUGCUCCUUUUGCACCUCGAUGAAUUGCGACGGGUAACCGCAGAUAGAUUUGUUCGAUGGCGGAGUGCAGGGUCACCAAAGGAAAUAGAUUAAUCUUUACCCAUCGGUAAUCGCUCUGAUUUAUUCUGGCC